UGCUGGAUACUACAUGUAGCAUUAUGUUAUGUUAAUGUCGACAUCAGUUGCCGAGAAUUCAACCAUUCCAGAGGUCCACGAUGGUUUUACGGUGUUUUCGACGAGAUUCAGCGAAACGAGAUCGUGCGUUCAGUGUUGGAAACAUUUCCAUUGAAAAUCUCUCGAAGGUCUUUUUCAACUGGGAUCUCAUUUGCACCGUGAUCUGAAGAAAAGCUGCGGAUAUUAGUUUUGCCUUAGCAGUUUACCGCGAUAACGUGCCUCAGCAGUGACUGUUUUUGUCCGGAUAUUUUCCGCAAGAAGAUCUGAACAAAAACUACGAUUUGUAGUGAUUCCCAAAUUACGGACUGGGCCAUUGCCCUGGCCAAUUUGGCCUCGGGAACUACAUGCUUAGCUUUGUCUGACGUUUUUGUCGUCUUCACAUUACUCAAACAUCAUUAUUAACGCUCUCGUGCUACGAAACCAGUCGACCUUCCAUGAAUGAACAAGUUGCUGUAGGUAUUCUUUUUGAGUGUUGGGGGAAGAGCCAAUGGCAGGCAUGGAGGGAGAUGAUCGUUGGGCUACCCCGGUCCAGCGACCGAGGCCUGUCUCCAGUCAGCGGGUGAGAAGGUAUUCUAUCCCCGCUGGAUUGUAUUCCACAAAGACGGAAUUACAACUAGAUGAGAGAGCGGGGUUUCUAGGCAACACCGCGGCUGAUUAUGAGAACCAUGAGGCUAAUCAUCAUCCGUAUGCUGCUACUACGGGGAGAAGGUUACGGGCUUAUAGUGAGCGGGCAUAUUCCAAAGGGAAAGCAGCUUAUAGGGAGAUUAAAACCGAGGAUCGUAGAGAGAGUGCAAAUCAAAGACGAGCUCAAAGUAAGAGUUUCUCAAGUGGAGAUUUAGUGCGGGGUGAGGGUUUGGAUAAACACAGGAGCAUCGUGCGCCGUAGGUCAGUGUCAGACGACAGCCAGGAGAGCAGUCAUGGAGUUGACAACUCGACAUCGCCGUCAUUGACUGAGUCGGGGAAACACCUGUACCCCCAUCGACCUGUCAUCAUGCAGGUGGCCGAGGAAACGUUGCCAGGCAGCAGGGAGAGGAGGCGACCCGGAUCACUGUUGAAACAGCGAGAGAGAACACCUGCGUUGAAUGUCGAUGACGGGGCGAUGCGGCAUGCGCACAACCAUGUGUUAUCAUCGUUAUCAUCAUCAUCGCGUGUGAACACCGUCAGCGAUACAUCACACGGUGAUAGCAGUGAAAACAUCAGCCCGAGACCACCAAACAGCUCGGCCAACCACCGGAGAACCCGCCGGCUGAGCUCGGCAGGUGAAUCUGCCAGCAGCCCGGUGCCGACACUCGGAAGUAAUUUACGGGAGGUUUCAAGUGGGAGAAGCAGGAGAAAAUCCACGUCAGUCUUACCGUCCAUCACCCACUCGUCGCCAGCGUCUAACGCGGGCAUGGCGACGCCGCAACCACCUCCGUAUUCCCAGCAUGGGCCGGGCUCACGUAAAGGCCUGGCAGCAGGAGCUGGAGGAUUGCAGAGCCGGUCACUACCCGAAGAAAAGCUCGAUGACGAGGAAGAUGUAAAUGCCGUGCACGCUGACUUGCUCCUACUGACUCGUAAGAAGAAAAUCAGCUCUAACGUGAGUGAUGAGUACAGGCUGGCUUUGGAUGAUUUGAAAAUCGCACCCUCCAAAAAGCCGACCCCUCCAGUUGGUAAACGGUUACUGAGUAAGAGAUGGAGUUCCCUACAAACAUCGGUCCUUGCAAAGAACAACGGGGAUUUGGGGGGAACUGUCGGGAAAGACCAAUCGUCAACAGUGGGGGGUUCGGGCGACAUGCCCAAAGACGGUAAACUUCAGCAUACGGAUGACACGAACAAUAACGAACUGAGCGAACCGCGCAGACACCGGGGUUGGGAGAUCGUCCGAGCCAAACUCACGACAAUUGCAGACAUGGCUCCUAAAGAUAGCAUCGAUUCCAAACCACUGACCUUCCGCAAUAUCGCUGAUUUAGUCAAAGCCAAGGAGUUCCGCCUGAUGAUGAAACGCAGGGCAAGUUUCAUCGAGAACGGAAGGUUUCAGUUCGACGAGGCUAAACAGGACCUGUACCGGCGAUACGGUGGACGGCCGGCCGGUAACUUAGCCCCCACCGCCCCGUCUGAGAGCCACAACAAUCACGGUCGAAAAACAGACGGGGGAACGGGAACACGUGUGGUUAACAGGAGAAAAUUGCUUGGUCUUUCUGGAAGCCUUUAAACACAUCUGUAUUAUCUUUUACCUUUACUCUGUAAAACGACCCACAAGCCUCUUGUUACCAAGGUAUUUUUCUCAUGUUCUUUUUGCUUAACCAUUAACUGAUCAAUCAUGCAUGGCUUAGAAAUGUUGAACACUGUGCCUUGGAGAAUUACAUACGGAUCCGCCAUGAGAAGUUCAUACAAAGCUUCACUCGCAUUUUGCUUAUGAAUAAAUCAGUACCAAAAGUAAAGAACAACAAUGCACCUUGCAAAACUUUGAAAAGCCAAAAUAAUUGAGCAGAACAGAACAGAGCUUAAGUGCCUGUAUUUUUUUUCCUUCAGGUAUUUAUUUAUCAGCGUAAAGAACACUAAAAAUCAGCUUGUCUUAUCGCAUUAAAAGCUCUAAUGUAAUAUAAAGCACUUGUAAAUAUUUACAGUGGAUAGUUUGUUCUAACUUAUUUGCUGAACUACCUGAUUUUGUCGAUAAGAUAAAGAUAGAAAAAUGCGAUGUCACAGUGUUAGUGGCUAUUACACCGGAAUUUGAGGUUUCCUUUUCAGUUUUACCAACAGUUUCAUUAUUAUUAUUGUUGUAACCAAUUCCUAGUCUUGGAUAAAUCUGAGCAGCCUAA